AUGCCUCACUUCCUCUGGGGAAGCUCUGGGGACCAGUAUAAAAGGGAUCCACUGGCCAAGAGCUCUUCACUUACUGAACGAGUUUCGUCCAUUGAAACAAGGGGCUCGACCAUCAUCUGCAUCCCCUCUAAUGACCAAGGUUCCUGCUGCCAACCCUGCUGUUGCUGCUGUCAACCUUGCUGCCAACCUUGCUGCUGCUGCUGCCAACCUUGCUGCUGCUGCCAGCAUUGCUGCUGCUGCCAACCUUGCUGCCAACCUUGCUGCUGCCAGCCUUGCUGCCAACCUUGCUGCUGCCAACCUUCCUGCCAACCUUGCUGCUGCAAACCUACCUGCCAACCUUGCUGCUGCAAACCUACCUGCCAACCUUGCUGCUGCAAACCUACCUGCCAACCUUGCUGCUGCAAACCUUCCUGCUCACCUUGCAGCAGCAGCUGCUGCCAGCCAUCCAGUUGUAAGGCCACCUGCCCACCUCCCUGCAACCAGUGCAAGAUAUGA